UGUUUCUUUCGUAAAAAGGUCCCAGACCUAUUAUUUUGAAUUCGGCACUGCGACAUCUUUCGAAGUAAAUCAUCGAACAGGUUUUAUCAAGUGGGGUAAAAUACAAGCAAACCGGUUCGGUAUUAUGGAAAAAAGAAAAAAAAAGAAAAGCAGAAAAAGCCGUUCUCGACCGGUAACGAUUUUGCCCCGUAUUAAAGAAGAGCAGUACGAGGUUGAAAAUGAUUCUAUCCAAACACAGGAGACAUCAUUGCCUCCUCCUACAUCGAAGGAUUAUGCUGGAGACAAGAAAGAAAAGGAAAACAGACCAAGUUCGCUUCUAAAUACAUCACUGCCUGAUAUUGUAGAAGAAGAAGAAUCUUUAAAUAUCAAUAAUUCUGCAGAGAUAUUCACACGAUGUGAUUCACACGAGAAAUUAUUAUCUUCUUCUAUGUCGAAGGAUUACACUGGAGGAUCUGCCAAGUCCGAUGUGGAAGAAGAGGAGUACCUUGAUUGUUUCGACUCUGACGAGAUAAGAAUGGCUAGGAUAAGACAGUAUUAUAUGAUAAGAAAGGAAUUAAAGAAUAUUAAAAAAUUGUAUUUAGUAAUUAAGAAAAAAUUAGCAUGCAUUCAUUCGGAACCAAUUAUGAGAGAAGAUUUCGACCCUAACAAGGGUCGAAAAGAUAAAAAACCGGAAGAUAUUCACAAGGGUCAAAAAGAUAAAAAACUGGAAGAUAUUCAAGUCACGAAAAAUGAAAUUUCUCGAAAAUGUCCAUUGCAAUGUCGUUUCACAAUCUUAUCAUUAUCAUUUCUACCUGUAUUUCUACUUUUAUUGUAUUUCUAUUUUGGACAUUCGCAUAUAAUUCACGCGCCUGACAUUGCCGCAUUGGAAAAAGAGAUAUUAGAUCAUGACAAAGCCGUACGAGUUUUGACCGAAUAUCUUCAGCGAGAUAUACCUCUCUUCAAAGUAGUAGCUCUUAUCGGUGGUAGAAGCGUCGAUAAGUCACAUAUGAAUAUUAUUAAAAAAAGACUUCACAAAAGAAAUGACAAUAAUUUCUCAUCUUCGUCGAACUUUGUCGUCUUGAAGAAUUUGAGAGCAGAGCAUUCCACAGAUAUCGUAAAUUUGGUGAAAAUGUAUCAAAAAGCAUACGAUAGUAGACCGUUUACCAUAUUGGCCGUUUUUAAAAUUGAGCAAAUUAAUGAUGAGUCCACGUAUAGUAUAGAUAUGAAUCAAACUAUAAAUAUUGUAAAAGAUAGUUUCACCGAAGCAAAUAUUAUCAGUAAAAUUAUUCCCUUCGAACCUCUAAACGAAGAAAUUUUAGAAAAAUACAUUAUAAACACGGCGAAAAAUAUCGGACAAACUUUUUGGCGAAAGAUCAACUAUAAUAAACAAAGUUUAAAAGAAGAUAAUAUGAAUUGCAAAAAGCUUAUGGUUGCUAAAGAAUGAAAAUCAUGCAUAAUUGUUU